UCAUCGGAAGCGUACGCACACGUCGUGCGUUCCUAAUUUUUGGUUUUUGCGCACAAUCGAAUCGGAUCGAGUCGCAGGCGUGUUAAAAAAAGGGUCACAAUACGAGCGUUUGGAGUGUGAUGUAAAGUAUUAACAUAAAUAAGGUGUUGCACCAAACCGAAUCAUUGGAAUUUAGUGAUCUCUCAGAUCAACGUACCCCGCAAUCAGUUUAUUUCAGUGCAAUCUCUUAGUGUCCGCGAGGUGUAUGGUAAUGUACUAACAAAAGAGAGAAGAAGAAAAAUAAAAAAGAAAGAAUGCAUUGCUAAUAGCGGCGAUAAGUUUGCAGUGGAUAAGUGUGUUUUGUUUUACCAUCCAAAUAUUACCAAUAGUGCGAAGAAUUUUGAGCUUUUUUGUUUUUGGAAACGGGCGGUGAAUCUCUGUAGGCUAUAAUUUUGCGCUUUAGAAGGCGAUUUGAUGUGAUAUUGCAAAAGCGGCAUUACACUAGUGAAAGAAUUGAAAGAUCGUAUAAUAGUGAAGUGUAGAAAAGGUGUAACAUGAAAGACGGAAGCACGAUGUGAAAAUCUACUGAGUAUAUGAUAAUUGAUAUGAAAGUUGCAUUGGAUAAAUCAAAGUGCAGUCAAAAACAAGCUCGGCAGUGUCUCAUCAGUUUUUUCAUCAGCCCGUGCCGUGAAGUGAAGACGUGGUGUGUGCAAUAAGCCGAAGUUUUUUUUAGCAAAACAAACGUAACAAAACAAGGCGAAAAAAAAACGGUGGAAAAUGCUGCAGCAUCCAUCGAGCGAUUACUACGAGCUAUCGUCGGCCGCCAAACAGACGCCCCCAACGUUCAGUCCACAGGGCGGCGGAAGUCUCGCUGGAGGCGUUGUGAACGCAGCGGGACCGUUGGUGAUUAACAGCGGCAAUAAUAAUAGCACUAAUAGUAAUAACAACAACAACAACAACAACAGCGUAAUAAACAACAACAACAACAGCGCGACCAGCGACGCCGAUCUGGAGCUGAUCGCGCAGAACGGAAAUGUCAGCGCGGCCGAUCGCGAGUCGCUGCCGAGCUUCGGCUUCACCCAGGAGCAGGUGGCCUGCGUAUGCGAGGUUCUUCAGCAAGCCGGUAACGUGGAACGGCUGGGGCGGUUCCUGUGGUCCCUUCCACAGUGUGAUAAGUUGCAACUGCACGAGUCCGUGCUGAAGGCGAAGGCGGUGGUCGCAUUCCACCGUGGAAACUUCAAGGAGCUGUACCGGUUACUAGAGCAUCACCAGUACUCCCCGCACAACCACGCCAAGCUGCAGGCGCUGUGGCUCAAAGCCCAUUACGUGGAGGCCGAAAAGCUCCGAGGCCGCCCACUGGGAGCCGUUGGAAAAUAUCGUGUCCGGCGUAAGUUUCCACUGCCUCGCACCAUUUGGGAUGGCGAGGAGACCAGCUACUGUUUUAAGGAAAAAUCAAGAUCGGUCCUGCGCGAUUGGUACACCCAUAAUCCGUAUCCAUCGCCGAGGGAAAAGCGGGAGCUGGCCGAAGCAACCGGAUUAACGACGACGCAGGUUUCCAACUGGUUCAAAAACCGACGGCAACGCGAUCGAGCAGCUGAGCACAAAGACACUGGCGAAUCGGACAAACAGCAUCUGGACUCGUCGAGCGACUCAGACAUGGAAGGUCCCAGUUUGAGCUCGCUGACCGGCGGCAACGGGGUGGUUGGAGUGGGCGCUCUCCACGGAACUUCCGGUGGUGGGCUGCACCUGGGCAGCAGCGGAGGGACGCUCACUUCCGGCGGAGGCGUGGGAGGCAAUCCCGGGUCCGUCUCGGGAGGAAUCUUGGGCGCAAGUGGUGGACCAGGUGGUACCGGCGCUGGUGGAGGUUUGGGUGGAGGGCUCGGUUCCGGGGGUGGUGGUCCACUGGAUCACCACCAGCAUCCGCACACACACCAUUCGUCCCACGCACACCAUCCCAACUCGGGCCACGGACAUUCCCAACAUGGGCAGCAGCAACAACAGCAACAGCAGCAGCAGCAAGGGCAGCAACACCCACACGCACACCACCAGCAGCAGCAACAACAGCAGCAACAACAGCAGCAGCAGCAACAUGGGCAGCACCACCACCCCCACCACCACAACCACCCGCACAGUCAACCGCAGCCGCUCGGGACGCGCAACGGCAACCUGAUGAACAUUGCGCCCGGAAGCGUCGGCAGCAAGUCGACGACGAUCGGGCAGCUGUCGGCGGCGGCCGCCUACUCGCACUUCCACAACGUGAUGGGCUCGAUGCCCCUGUACGACAUCGGCGACUAUCAGCACUUAUGAUUUUAAGCCUGUGCGAGCCGACGGCCACCAGGAACAAAAGGGAGCUCGCUUCGGAAACUGCACACAAACAUCGACUCGACGGCCCUCUUGCGGUGCCUAAGAACUCACUCACAGUGGAAGGAGAAAUCGGAAAUCUCUCCAGGCGCAACGGAGCCAACUAUCAACCAUAGCUUAAUCUAGCGGCGACUUACAAUUUUUAAAAAGCACGAUCAAAACACUAGCAUAACGUUUUUCUUGUGUAA